AUGGCGGAGAAUGACCUGACUGCGCAGCUACGCGCGGGUGUGGGCACCGCAAUAGCUGAAUUGAAUCCCGAGCUUCAGGACGCCCCAAAGCGCGUCAUUCGCGGCGAAAUCACCGUUUUUUGGCCCUACAGCCCUUUGCGAGAUGUCAUUGCCUUCAUCCUUGCGGAACCCGACUUCCGACUGCGCCGUGAUCGUGGCACUGUUAGAAUCGAAUUCACGGGUGCCAGCGCGAAGGCUGUCGCGGACCUUGGUCUGGGAGGCGGUGAUGAGGUGACUCUUAGUCUCGAUGGAGCUGCAUGGGACGCGCGGGACACUCGUAUGCCUGCUAUCGGCACUCCAUUGGAAUGGCAGCUUCGUUUCAAUCACAAGCUGUUGGCGCUAGUUGCGCGCGUCGCCCAUGAAGACACGAAGCUCCUCAAUAUCGAUCUACCCCUUGACGAAGCACAACAGCCCGAUAAGCUAGACGUAGCCGCUCUGGCAGCCGCCACCCAAGAUCACGGCCCAGCAGGGUCGAUAACGCCGCCCCGUGAUCCAACCCCAGAGACGACACUUCGAACAAAACGUCCCGCAGAAGGCAUCUUGGAGCCAGGAGAGUUCGCCUCGCCAGCCUUCCUUAAGAGGGCGCGCAUUUCAUAUGGAUCACUCUUCGAGGGUGGCCCGGAUCCGUUCGACGACAGAGGCGAUGUCCAAGGCAAGGGACGGAAACCCCCCAAAGCUGGUCGAUUCAGUAGCGUAUGGAGAUAUGCAAGCCGAUCGCCGACUCCGGAUGUUGAAGAAACCGACGAGGUUACAAGCGACGACCCGGCCGACGAUGCUCCGACGGAAACGCCUUCAAAACAGGUGUCCAUGGUUGAUGGGGGUUGCCAAACCGAUGAGCUCGGGUUUUCUCCUCCACACCAUGUCGAUGUGACGGCCGAGCCUCGCAUUCACGGACUUGGGGCUUUCGACACCCCUAGUAAGGUACCAGCAGAUGCUCACAUCUCAAUCUCCUCGUCCGUCCUGCAAGCCGGGCCAGGGUUAUCCCCAGCAUUGGGUGACCGAUUUGCUCCCCUGCAUCAGCCCGACUUUGCUACUGUACAGCCGUCGUUCAACACCGGCGAAUUUGGGCAGUCACAACCAAACCAGCAAUAUGUGCAGGACAUCGAGCACUCUUCGAAUGGGAUCUUCGCUGCUCAAGAACACUACAGCAUGGGCAUGGACACAUUCCCUGACCCACCAACCGCCCACUCUACGCAGUCGCACCAUGACUACCCUCGUAUCGAAGAGGAAGCAGAUUCGCAUUUCGCCUCGCAGGUGGCUUCGUAUCCUCCCUUGACCCAAGGACAACUGCCCCCGGCUGGGGAUCCGUUACAUGGUUCGCCACACCACACGGUGUUUGUCGACCGAAUUGUCGAACCGCAGCAGCCACCUUGGGGAUUUGAUGCUACCUCGACAUCUUACCCUGAUCCUUUGGGAGAGGCGCACACCACUGAAGUAAUCGACGUUCCAUCAAGCCCUGUGGCCCGUUCCAACCUGCCUUUUGUACAUGACCUGGAAGACGUAGGCCACGAUCAAGGAGACGAGGAUGCCAACGCAGACCCCAAUGACGAUAUUCAGAUUGAUGAUGAGGAUGGUCCGGAGGAGGCGUUCGGCGCCCCGACAUACAGUGACAUGGAUUUUGAGCCGUCCAAUGUGCAGUCUUAUGCAACCUCUCGCAGUAGGUCUGCAUCUUCAGGACGUGGAAACGAUGAUGAAGAAGAAAUGGACGCCGGAGGAGAUUAUGACAUUACGCAGUAUCGAAACCAAAGCAAUGUACAGGACGACGAUGAGGGUUCAGACUUGGAGUCUGACUUUGGACAGGAAGAAGAGGAAGAGAUCUACAAUCCUCGCGACUCAGAGUUCGAAGAGGAGCAGCUUGAUGAAGAUGAUGAGGAGGGACUCGAAGGGGACGAUGACGAUGGGGCACUCGAAGACUUCUCUGAAGCGGAAUCCCCUACAGUUCCAGCGCCCGCCAAACCAAAUGGUCCACCAGAAGUGAUUGAUCUUUUGUCGGACUCUGACGAUGAUGACAGCUCUCCAGUCCAGCCAGCAGCAGUCAAAUCCGAUUUUCCGCCUGUACCGCAAUAUGACGGUUCCGCGGAUGAAAUGGAUAGUCCGUCUGGCGAGGAAGUGGUUGAUCGCCGUGACUCUUCCGAAGACGGCACUUCUGAUCCUGGCAGCGAGGCUGCAUCAGAACACGACGAAUCGGAGGUAGAGAGCGAAGCUGAGGACAAAGAGGACCUGAGCAGCCCGUUGCUUGUGGAAGUGCCCGAAGAUGUGCGGCAACCGACCGACGAACCAGCGGCUUCAUCGCCUUUCUUAGAAGAUGACUUGGAGUCAAUGAGCCCGAUCAAGCCACUUCAGGUAUCAAGCCUGAUACCUGAAAAUGAGAACGUCGCCCUUGAUAUAGACGAGGCAGAUACCGACCAGCUUGAUGCAGAGCUGGAAAAGGAGAUGCAACAGACCGUCCAACAGACUGCCCAAGAAGAUGUAUCCCAACCAUUGGAGGUCAGGUCAUCGGAGAUCCUGAUCAUUGAGAAGACUACACUUGUAGAGGAGCUUGGGCAGGGCGAGGAUCCGAAACCCGACGAGGACAUGUUGGAUACCACUCCGGACGAAGCCAUCACCACUACGGCACCGACGGCUGCCCAGGAUAAUGACACGGAAAUGGUGGGCCAAGUUUCUUCCCCUAUGAACUUUGCUCCAUCCUCUCCCAUGAGAGACACCACGAGGAGAGAAGAGGCACAGCUGGAACCGGGACCAGACGAUGCGGUUGCCGAAGUGCGCCCAAUUUCCCCUACCAGCGCGAUACCGGGUCCACCUGAUGCCCCUCAAGACCUUGAAUAUUCAGAAACAGUUCCGGCUCUUUCCCCACAAGUUGACGCACUUGGCUCCAGUCCGCGCACGGAUGCUGUUCCCCAUACAUCGGGCGUUGACCGCAAAUCUUCGCAACCGCCUGAACAUGGUGAGCAGCGUUUGUUGCCGCCAAAGACCAGCUCUAGCAUGACUAGUGAACCUCCUCAACAAGACAUGCCUCUAGACGCAAGAGGUAGUGCCGAAGCUGAAUCCGAAGAGGAGUCCUCGGAUUCUGUAGAUGGACACGUGCGCUUAGCCGAUGCAACAAAUCCAGAACCUUCGCAGCCUGACGCGGCGGAAACAGCUCCAGAGGAUGAUGAGAAGGAGGAUGUUGUUAUGGAGGACAGGUUGUCUGGAGACGCCGAGUCGCCCAAGGUCUCCCAUACGUAUGAAGGGAAUGGACUGGAUACCGCCAUGGAGGAUGCAAAUGCUCAACUCCUUACGCCUCAUGACACUCAGCAGCAAGAAGUCGAAAAGGAAGGAGAAUCUGAAGAGAUAGCCGAGGUGCCAUCAACACCAGUCAUGCCAUCUGUGGUUGUGACAAAGCCUGGAGCAGAUGAUGAGACUGCUCAUGAACAGGAGCAGAAGGGCCCUGAGACGCCUCAUCUGUCAACCGAAGACUUGACACAGAGCGCCAAGGCAAGUUCGCCAGCGACAACUGGGCAUCGGCCCGAGACCAGAUCACAAACGGGCCAUUUACCGCCAGACAUGGAACAUGGGCCAACAGCUACAGCGCCAGACGAAGAAGCUCACCUUGAGGUGGACCAGGAACAAACGCCUGUCAAAACUGUUGGCCAUCGUCCAGAGACAAGAUCACAAUCGAGGCCUCAAUCACUGGAGCCCAAGGCAGCGUCACCUCAACCGACCGCAGUAUCUAGUCCUUCCGGCCAAGAGAAUAACGUCGAAGACACGCCGGCCACAAAGACACGCUCGCAACGACAGCGGAGCCAAAGCAAGACAAAGGCCGAUGAAGUCGAAGAGGGCGAUCCCAGUAUCAAGCUGGCGCGAGCAUCGGCAACGAACAAGCAAAAGGCUGACCAGGGUGAUGACCCGAGUGUUAGGCUCGCUCGAGGUUCCAUUGCGAGUAGGCGAUCAAUGAGGCUAUCCGACUGGCAGUCAACGCCCGACACAGUUCGGGUCACUCGAGCGGCGUGCCACAACCUGCAGAAGGAGGCGACGCCCGAGGCGGAGGAGGACUCAAGCGUGCAGCUGGCGAAAGCUGCGCUCAACUCGCCGUCCCGUGCCGCCAAGGAGAGAGCCGAAGAUCAUUCUCCGGCAGCCAUCAAGCUCAAGCUCAACCGCUCGCUGCGAUCAGAUGUGCCGGACUGCAUCUCGCUCAAGGUGUUUCGCCAGCAGCCCCCGGGCAAGACGGUCGACAUUUUGGCGAUUGCGACAGCGGAGCCACCCGGCGCUAAGCGUGCCAAAGGUGGGCCGAAAGGCAUGAUGCUGGCCUUCAGCGUGGCAGACCACUCCAUCGUGCCGACGCAGCCCGUGCUAGUGCAUAUUUUCCGGGUCCAAAAGUCGGCACUGCCCCUUGUGCGUCAAGGCGACGCCGUGCUCCUUCGGCAGUUUAACGUGACCAACAUUCAGGGGAAACUCGGCCUCCGAUCUACAGACGCGUCGAGCUGGGCCGUCUUUGAGGGCGGGCCGGACGACGAGCGGCCCCCGCAGAUCAUGGGUCCACCCAUGGAGCUCUCGGCGGGCGACAAGGACUUUGCCGUGCUCAUAAAAAAGUGGUAUCACAGCAUCGAAGACGCUCCCAAGGCACGCUGGAGCAAGGCCGGCGAGAAGGCGUUGGGCGCGGGGGAGGAAAGCAAGUAG